AUGGUACUUCCGUUACGGAAAUGUAUCCCAUGUCCUUGUCCAACAACUCCAACAACUUGUCCAGUAAUGCCUGUUGAUCAUUGCCCAUGCAGUGUACAAGUUAACCAGCUCUUACCAUGCCCUAUUGCUCUAGAUAUAUUUCAAGCAAAAAAUCGGCGUCGAAAGAGACAAAUGACAGAAGUGAUAGUGCCAUUAGACGACAAACUAGCAAUUGAGUAUCUUCGGAAACUCGGAUAUGUGGAAGAAUUUAACUUAUCAUCUGCAAAUAUUUGCCAUCCAACAAACUUGCUGGGCAAUGUUUUAUCUCCAGAUGAGAGAAACGCAGCAGUGAUACCGAUACCAGUGCAACCAUUUCAGGGCGCACUAUCCGUUCAUCAACAAAUACCCGUUGAACUUCUAGCAAAUUCCAUGCCACAGCAACUUGCAUUCGGUGGAAUAAGUGGCGUACAAGCAAUGAAUCUUCCACUUACUCCUCAACAGCAAGUACCUUCGGGAUCAGCUGAACAACCUAAACUGAAAGAUUUGCUUGCAUCUCCAUCUGACACUCGAUUAAAGAUGAAUGAAGAUUGCCAACCUUCUGGAAGGAGAAAAUCUGCAGCGGCUACAAGAAGCAGAAUUACGUUAAUUACGCUUGCCGUUAUUGUCUGGAUAAGAUCACAAGAACGCGCUGUAUAA